AUGCUCUGGGGCGUCCGGGGAGAGCAUCGCGAUGCUCUGGGGCGUCCGGGGAGAGCAUCGCGACGCCCUGGGGCGUCCGGGGAGAGCAUCACGAUGCUCUGGGGCGUCCGGGGAGAGCAUCGCGACGCUUUGGGGCGUCCGGGAGAGCAUCGCGACGCUCUGGGGCGUCCGGGUAGAGCAUCGCGACGCUCUGGGGCGUCCGGGGAGAGCAUCGCGACGCUCUGGGGCGUCCGGGGAGAGCAUAGCGAGCUCUGGGGCGUCCGGGAAGAGCAUCGCGACGCUCUGGGGCGUCCGGGGAGAGCAUCACGACGCCCUGGGGCGUCCGAGGAGAGCAUCGCGACGCUCUUGGGCGUCCGGGAAGAGCAUCGCGACGCUCUGGGGCGUCCGGGGAGAGCAUCGCGACGCUCUGGGGUGUCCGGGGAGAGCAUCACGACGCUCUCGGGCGGCUGGGGAGAGCACCGCGGUGCUCGGGGGCGUCCGGGGAGAGCAUCGCGACGCUCUGGGGCGUCCGGGGAGAGCAUCGCGACGCUCUGGGGCGUCCGGGAAGAGCAUCGCGACGCUCUGGGGCGUCCGGGCAGAGCAUCGCGAUGCUUUGGGGCGUCCGGGGAGAGCAUCGCGACGCUCUGGGGCGCCGGGGAGAGCAUCGCGACGCUCUGGGGCGUCCGGGGAGAGCAUCGCGACGCUCAGGGGCGUCUGGGGAGAGCAUCGCGACGCUCUGGGGCGUCCGGGGAGAGCAUCGCGACGCUCUGGGGCGUCGGGGGAGAGCAUCGCGACGCUCUGGGGCGUCUGGGGAGAGCAUCGCGAUGCUCUGGGGCGUCCGGGGAGAGCAUCGCGACGCUCUGGGGCGUCCGGGGAGAGCAUGGUGACGCUCUGGGGCGUCCAGGGAGAGCAUCGCGACGUUCUGGGGCGUCCGGGGAGAGCAUCGCGACGCUCUGGGGCGUCCGGGGAGAGCAUCGCGACGCGCUGGGGCGUCUGGGGAGAGCAUCGCGACGCUGCGUCCGGGGAGAGCAUCGCAAUGCUCUGGGGCGUUUGGGGAGAGCAUCGCGACGCUCUGGGGCGUCCGGGGAGAGCAUCGCGACGCUCUGGGGCGUCCGGGGAGAGCAUCGCGACGCUCUAGGGUGUCCGGGGAGAGCAUCACGACGCUCUCGGGCGGCUGGGGAGAGCAUCGCGACGCUCUGGGGCGUCCGGGUUGAGCAUCGCGGGGUGUCUGGGGAGAGCAUCGCAACGCUCUGGGGCGUCCGGGGAGAGCAUCGCGACGCUCUGGGGCGUCUGGGGAGAGCAUCGCGAUGCUCUGGGGCGUCCGGGGAGAGCAUCGCGACGCUCUGGGGCGUCCGGGGAGAGCAUGGCGACGCUCUGGGGCGUCUGGGGAGAGCAUGGCGACGCUUCGGGGCGUCCAGGGAGAGCAUCGCGACGCUCUGGGGCGUCCGGGGAGAGCAUCGUGACGCUCUGGGGCGUCCGGGGAGAGCAUCGCGACGCGCUGGGGCGUCUAGGGAGAGCAUCGCGACGCUCUGGGGCGUCCGGGGAGAGCAUCGCAAUGCUCUGGGGCGUUUGGAGAGAGCAUCGCGACGCUCUGGGGCGUCCGGGGAGAGCAUAGCGACGCUCUGGGGCGUCCGGGGAGAGCAUCGCGACGCUCUGGGGCAUCCGGGGAGAGCAUCACAAUGCUCUGGGGCGUCCGGGGAGAGCAUCGCGACGCUCUGGGGCGUCAGGGGAGAGCAUCGCGACGCUCUGGGGCGUCCGGGGAGAGCAUCGCAACGCUCUGGGGCGUGCGGGGAGAGCAUCACGUUGCUCUGGGGCGGCUGGGGAGAGCAUCGCGACGCUCUGGGACGUUCGGGUAGAGCAUCGCGACGCUCUAGGGCGUCCGGGGAGAGCAUCGCGACGCUCUGGGGCGUCCGGGGAGAGCAUCGCGACGCUCUGGGGCGUCCGGGGAGAGCAUCGCGAUGCUCUGGGGCGUCCGGGGAGAGCAUCGCGACGCUCUGGGGCGUCCAGGGAGAGCAUAACGACGCUCUGGGGCGUCCGGGGAGAGCAUCGCGACGCUCUGGGGCGUCCGGGGAGAGCAUCGCGACGCUCUGGGGCGUCCGGGGAGAGCAUCGCGACGCUCUUGGGCGUCGGGGGAGAGCAUCGCGACGCUCUGGGGCGUCCGGGGAGAGCAUCGCGACGCUCUGGGGCGUCCGGGGAGAGCAUCACGACGCUCUGGGGCGUCCGGGGAGAGCAUCGCGAUGCUUUGGGGCGGCUGGGGAGAGCAUCACGAUGCUCUGGGGCGGCUGGGGAGAGCAUCGCGACGCUCUGGGGCGUCCGGGUAGAGCAUCGCGACGCUCUGGGGCGUCCGAGGAGAGCAUAGCGAGCUCUGGGGCGUCCGGGGAGAGCAUAGCGAGCUUUGGGGCGUCCGGGGAGAGCAUCGCGACGCUCUGGGGCGUCCGGGGAGAGCAUAGCGAUCUCUGGGGCGUCCGCGGAGAGCAUCGCGACGCUCUGGGGCGUCCGGGGAGAGCAUCACGACGCUCUGGGGCGUCCGAGGAGAGCAUCGCGACGCUCUUGGGCGUCCGGGGAGAGCAUCGCGACGCUCUGGGGCGUCCGGGGAGAGCAUCGCGACGCUCUGGGGUGUCCGGGGAGAGCAUCACGACGCUCUCGGGCUACUGGGGAGAGCAUCGCGACGCUCUGGGGCGUCCGGGGAGAGCAUCGCGAUGCUCUGGGGCGUCUGGGGAGAGCAUCGCGAUGCUCUGGGGCGUCCGGGGAGAGCAUCGCGACGCUCUGGGGCGUCCGGGGAGAGCAUGGCGACGCUCUGGGGCGUCCGGGGAGAGCAUCGCGACGCUCUGGGGCGUCCGGGGAGAGCAUCGCGACGCUCUGGGGCGGCUGGGGAGAGCAUCGCGACGCUCUGGGCGUCCUGGUAGAGCAUCGCGACGCUCUGGGGCGUCCGGGGAGAGCAUCGCGACGCUCUGGGGCGUCCGGGGAGAGCAUCGCGAUUAUUUGGGGCUUCUGGGGAGAGCAUCACGACGCUCUGGGGCGUCCGGGAAGAGCAUAGCGACGCUCUGGGGCGUCCGGGGAGAGCAUCGCGACGCUCUGGGGCAUCCUGGGAGAGCAUCGGGACGCUCUGGGGCGUCCGGGGAGAGCAUCGCAACGCUCUGGGGCGUCCGGGGAGAGCAUCGCGACGCUCUGGGGCGUCCGGGGAGAGCAUCGCGACGCUCUGGGGCGGCUGGGGAGAGCAUCACGACGCUUUGGGGCGGCUGGGGAGAGCAUCGCGACGCUCUGGGGCGUCCGGGUAGAGCAUCGCAACGCUCUGGGGCGUCCGGGGAGAGCAUAGCGAGCUCUGGGGCGUCCGGGGAGAGCAUAGCGAGCUCUGGGGCGUCCGGGGAGAGCAUCGCGACGCUCUGGGGCGUCCGGGGAGAGCAUAGCGAGCUCUGGGGCGUCCGCGGAGAGCAUCGCGACGCUCUGGGGCGUCCGGGGAGAGCAUCACGACGCUCUGGGGCGUCCGAGGAGAGCAUCGCGACGCUCUUGGGCGUCCGGGGAGAGCAUCGCGACGCUCUGGGGCGUCCGGGGAGAGCAUCGCGACGCUCUGGGGUGUCCGGGGAGAGCAUCACGACGCUCUCGGGCUGCUGGGGAGAGCAUCGCGACGCUCUGGGGCGUCCGGGGAGAGCAUCGCGACGCUCUGGGGCGUCCGGGGAGAGCAUCGCGACGCUCUGGGGCGUCCGGGAAGAGCAUCGCGACGCUCUGGGGCGUCCGGGGAGAGCAUCGCGAUGCUUUGGGGCGUCCGGGGAGAGCAUCGCGACGCUCUGGGGCGUCCGGGGAGAGCAUCGCGACGCUCUGGGGCGUCCGGGGAGAGCAUCGCGACGCUCUGGGGCGUCUGGGAGAGCAUCGCGACGCUCUGGGGCGUCCGGGGAGAGCAUCGCGACGCUCUGGGGCGUCCGGGGAGAGCAUCGCGAUGCUCUGGGGCGUCUGGGGAGAGCAUCGCGAUGCUCUGGGGCGUCCGGGGAGAGCAUCGCGACGCUCUGGGGCGUCCGGGGAGAGCAUGGCGACGCUCUGGGGCGUCCGGGGAGAGCAUCGCGACGCUCUGGGGCGUCCAGGGAGAGCAUCGCGACGCUCUGGGGCGUCCGGGGAUAG